AUGUCAGCUUUACCGAUAGCAUCAGACAAUGAGGCGUCUACGAGGGACGUCGCCCGUUGCAACGACAAAGAAGAGGAGGGAAGUGUCGCCGAGGAGCUAUUUGCCAACCGGUCGGCGGAAAAGCGUUGCAACAGCGAAAUUAGAAACGCACACGCCGCCCACCGCUCGCGCGGCACCGAGGCCGCCGUGGGCGAAAAUUUAAUGAACCCACAGUCGACGGAGCGACAGUUGGCCAUAACCAGCUAUUUACUGUCCAUUGUCCGGGGCAUAAUCUACCGUCGCAACGGUGGCGGCCGCGGAGCCCCGUGCGGCGUCUUUGAAACGGAAUUCGUC